ACAAGGGGAAGCAGCAGGCUGCAGAGAGGAUGCAGGUGGGGGGGGGGGGUAGAGGCAGCCUCUGGAGCCCGUCCACGUCCACGCGGAGAGCUGAGGGCCUGACAUCUGGGGCUGGAGCCAAGAUGGGUAUCAAAGCAGGACUCCCAGAGGUGCUGAGGCUUCCACAGAGAGCUUCGGUGGCCCGUGCCUGGCCCUGCCCCAUGCCACCCCCCAGCCCACGGAGCAGAGAGGCGGGCAUGUUGCAGGUGCUGAAAACACUGGCCAUGCUGUGGCUUGGCACUGUGACUCUCAUCUACCUCUUGUGGCAAGUGUCCCAUCUGUCCAUCUGGGGCCAGCUGCACCCCAAGGAAGGGCCCACCAGGUCCCGGGGGCAUGGCUCCAGCCUGACCUGGAAGCCUCUUGGAGGGGAGACCACGCAGCAGCAGCUGGACUCCUGCCAGUUAGUCCUGGUGGAAAGCACCCCCCAGGACCUGCAGUUUGCAGCUGGCAGCCCGUCUGCCCAGCCCCUGGCCCAGGCCUGGAUGCAGCUGCUGGACAUGGCCCAGGAGAGCGUCCACGUGGCUUCCUACUACUGGUCCCUCACAGGGUCCGACAUUGGGGUCAACGACUCGUCGUCCCAUCUGGGGGAGGCCCUUCUGCAGAAGCUGCAGCAGCUCCUGGACAGGAAUGUCUCCCUGGCUGUGGCCACUAGCCACCCGACGCUGGCCAGGAACUCUACUGACCUGCAGGUCCUGGCUAACCGAGGUGCCCAGGUGCGACACGUGCCCAUGGGGCAGCUCACCAGAGGCGUUCUGCACUCCAAAUUCUGGGUCGUGGAUGGGCGCCAUAUCUACAUGGGUAGUGCCAACAUGGACUGGCGGUCCCUGACACAGGUCAAGGAGCUUGGUGCAGUCAUCUACAACUGCAGCCGCCUGGCCCGGGACCUGGAGAAGACCUUUCAGACCUACUGGGUGUUGGGGGCGCCCAAGGCUGUCCUCCCUAAACACUGGCCUCGACACUUCUCAUCCCACAUCAACCACUUCCAGCCCCUCUGUGCCCGCUUCGCCGGGGUGCCCACUACUGCCUACUUCUCAGCGUCGCCGCCCGUGCUCUGCCCCUAUGGCCGCACCCGGGACCUGGAGGCACUGCUGACAGUGAUGGCGGCGGCCCGGAGGUUCAUCUAUGCUUCCGUGAUGGAGUAUUUUCCCACCACGCGCUUCAGCCGCCCUGCCAGGUACUGGCCAGUGCUGGACAACGCACUGCGGGCGGCGGCCUUCAGCAGAGGCGUGCAGGUGCGCCUGCUGGUCAGCUGUGGCCUCAACACGGACCCCAGCAUGUUCCCUUACCUGCGGUCCCUGCAAGCCCUCAGCAACCCCGAGGCCGGCGUGUCAGUGGACGUGAAAGUCUUCAUCGUGCCCGUGGGGAACCACUCCAACAUCCCGUUUAGCAGGGUGAACCACAGCAAAUUCAUGGUCACGGAGAAAACGGCCUACAUAGGUACCUCCAACUGGUCGGAAGAUUACUUUAGCAGCACCUCAGGUGUGGGGCUGGUGGUCAGCCAGAGGAACUCCAGCACCCAGCCAGCGGUGGCCACCGUGCAGGAGCAGCUACGGCAACUAUUUGAGCGAGACUGGAGCUCCCGCUAUGCCGUGGGCCUAGAUGGACAAGCCCAGGGCCAGGACUGUGUGUGGCAGGGCUGAGGUCCAGCCCUUCCCGGCUCCCGGCCUACACAGCUCUCAGUGGACACUGGCCACCAGGCCUUCCCAUCUGUCCCCCAGUCUGAGCUCCAAGUAACUUCUGCCUCACAAGCCCUGGUCAGAGUCAAGACUGCCCAAUGUCCAGAGGUGCAAACUGUUUGCUCACCCCUGCUCUCCAAAUACAGCCCCCUAAACCUCACCUCCUCCAGGGAACCCGCCAGGAUGCUUCUCCCCGACUCCCACAAAACUGCAAUCUUGGCCCACAAGUGGGGCCUUCGGAGUAUGUUUGCCUCCCCAUGUCUCUGUGUGCAUCCAGCAGUGUUGCACCCCCUUUCCCCCUUAGCCGGAGGCUGGAGUUUCAGCCUCCUGACACUGCAAAGAGCCCAUGUCCACAUGGCUGCUGGGCAAGGUGGUGAAGGGUAUCUGCCAUGGGAGCUCAUGACUCUUGUCAGUGCCCAGUCCCAACCCACAGAAACCCGGGGAUGGGGCAGCAGGUGGGCACACGAGUGACUCUGGAGGGAUCCUUUCAUGCCUAGCGCCCUUGGCUGGGGGUAGGGGAGCAAGAGCAAAUGAACUGGACUCCCCAAGACCACCAGGUGCAUUCUGGACAGUUAGUUGUUGGUGUAGCUGACAGAGACUCAGGACUGUGGGGCAAGGCCUGCCGCAGGG